AUGGACCAAGUUGAAACUAACCCCGAAGUGGUCACUAAGCUACUCCUAGAACUAGACCCAAACUCCUCCCCAGGCCCGGACGGAUUGCAUCCCAGCUUCCUCAGAACGAUAGAUGAGUACAUCGCCGCCCCUCUCUGCCAAGUGUUUCGGAAAUCCCUCGAAGUCGGCUGCCUACCCACAGCCUGGAAAGCAGGCACCGUCCUGCCAAAAUACAAGAGGGGAAACAAACAAGACCCAACCAACUACCGGCCAAUAUGUCUGACAUCAGUCGUAUGGAAAGCGAUGGAACGGAUUGUCAAGUGCGCUCUCCAGCUACACUGUGUGCAUCUAAACCUCAUCUUACCUGCUCAACAUGGCUUGCGGAGAGCACGCUCAUGCAUCACUAACUUAUUCAUCGCCAGGGAAACAUGGGCAAAAGGCACUGAUACCCGAAAACAGGUUGACGUAAUAUUCAUUGACUUUAGUAAAGCCUUUGAUAAAGUUCCACACGAACGACUGCUACAUAAACUCCAGGGAAUUGGCAUUACGGAAAAUCUUCUCUCCUGGAUUGCCGAGUUCUUAAGGGGUAGGACAAUGCGCGUACAAGUGAACGAAACCCUCUCUGCUCCAGUGCCUAUGACUAGUGGCAUUCCCCAAGGAUCAGUGCUUGGACCAGAGCUCUUCAAACUGUACAUUAACGAUCUAAAGACUGCGCUACAAACCGACUGCUUGAUCUACGCCGAUGACCUCAAGCUUUGGUCAAAAGCAUCCAGCAUUGAGGAUGCGGACAGCUUACAAGGGGCUGUAGACCAGCUACACGAAUGGUCCAUCAGGUGGGAACUGCCAGUAAACCGAGAUAAAUGCGCUGUUCUCCUAAUAGGUGGCACCGAACCCUACGGUGCGUACCACAUUGGUGGGCUUCUCCUUAGGAAUACCACACACGAGAGAGAUCUCGGGGUUAUCGUGACCUCUGAACUUAGAACGACGCAGGGUACGUUAAAGGUGGCCACUGGAAGGAGACUGGUAGGUGCCUUAAGAAGAGAAUUCGCUCGAAUGACUCCCGAGAUUUUUCGACCGUUGUUCACUUCGUACGUCCGUUCAGUCUUAGGAUAUUGCCUACCAGCUGGCCAUCCGCUUUCAAACCUUGAAUGCGCUCUGCUGCGAAAGGUUCAGAGACGUGCAUCGAAAGCCGUUCUGGGGCUUCGUGAUCUCCCGUACCCCAUUCGACUCCAGCAGCUAAAUCUCUUCUCCGUCGAGCUCCGCAGUCGUUGGGCUGAUCUCAUCUACACUAGACGCAUCCUCCGAGGGGACCUUGGAAGUGAGUUACAACACUUCUUCCGGCCCAACACUGACUGUACCACCCGAGGGAACACAUGGAAACUGUUUAAGCAAAGAAGACACAAGAUUCGCAAGGACGUCACCCUAUCUACUAGAUUGGUGAAUGAUUGGAACAGCCUACCGGAAGCAAUUGCAGACGCUCCAUCCAAGGAAAGCAUCAAGCGUCUGCUAGUCAAACAUUCGCUUAAUUUGCUGGAAUCUUGCGGCUGUCACUGCACUUACGACGAACCCUCGAGGAACGUCGCAACGCAACGACAUGCGUCAAACUCA